CCUGGCGCUGCGAAAAUUGAAGACGGAACACUUCGAUCGAUAGAUAUCGAGCUACAACCACGCAGGAAACCGUAGUUGGUCGGCGGCACGGUAGCCAUGUCAUCGCCGGAUCGGCACGGCGGAUCAUCACGGGAAAUCGACGUGGAGCUGGGCGAGAGCCAUCGUCGUCGGCUCGGUAUACUUUAGGGUCGUCGAGUAACGUCGGUGGCCGAGGAAUCGGUAACCGAGGGAUCGAUACGAGCGGAUCGACCCACCAGAUCGCAACCUACGGCCUCCUUGCUGGCCUGGCCAGCUACUAUGCGAAUUGAAGCUCUCAGCACCCUCGUCGCGGUGGUUUGGCUGACCGCAGUCCUGUGCCCGCGGCUUGUUGCCGCCAACAAUCUGACUUUAUCCUUCUCAUCUCGAAGGCCCAGGGAACAUCCUUUCAGAGAACACAUCUCUCGGCCAGUGCCACUGGAGUCGACGAACAAGCGGAUGACGUUUCGGGAGAUGCAGAUGACUCUGCGCAAGGAAGGAGGCGUGGACGGCCACCCGAUCGACUGCUGUCCCAUGGUCGAGGAAAUGUCGGAACCGGUCGGCGGUCGAAAUCGGGACAACAUGUACGUCGAGCUCUAUCGGAACGGCGAUAACGUCCAGAGGUUCUUCGAGUAUUCCUGCAAGUCAGAUGUCCUCGACAAGCCGUGCCGGUUCGUCGACUGGAGGUUGAGCAACCAAUCCAGAUGCGUGCAAAAGUUCUCGUACACGUACGCUAUCGUGGAGAAUCCUGAAUGGAAGAUCGCGAUAGAAGAGCACAGAAUGAAGGAGCACAGACCGGAGGAGCACAAUAGGCACCACCACAGGGAAAACCAAAAAGAACAUCAAAGGGGACGGCACAAGGAAUACCACAAGGAACACAGGGAGCAACACAAGGAUCAAUUCCCCGCAUUUCCCGGCAAUAGCACCAGCGAGUCCAGAUGGAUGCUAGACUACAUUAGGGUGCGAAGCGGUUGCAGCUGCGAGAUGAUACCCAAGCUGAAGAAGAAGAAAAACGCGGCGAUCAAGGCGAAGAAAACGAAGAGCAAACAUCGCCAACCGAGGGACCAAGAACAGGACUUUGAGACUUUGAGACUCGAAGGCGACACUGCGUUUUAACGUUUCGAAUAUUGUGUAUGCGUGUAAUUUUGUGUUAAUUGCGUACGACUGAUUAGAGAGAUGCGUGUGCGAAUGCGAGAUUACGUCCGCCAAGACGUGGUACGGUGCGUGGGUGAGGAAUCUGAUUAGCAAUCGUCGGUUCGCAGGGCGGAUAUCAUAGGAAUGACAACGUUACCAACGAUUGUAUCAUCGAUUUUCUGAUGACAGUGUGUGUUACAUUAAUUUAUUAGACACUAUCGCGGGCGUGGCGCGCCGUUUUGUGAACGACGCGUCCACCGUCAAUUAAUAGAUUCGUAUUCCUCGGUGCUUCGUUUAUGAAAGUAUCUCCUUUAGCGUAUUUCUAAAUGUACCUUCCUAUUUAUUACACCGAUCGCGCUUCAAUGGAAAAUUCACGCGAAUUAAAAUACCUACUCAAGUCGGUUACGAUUCCCGUGAAACGAUUUGCCGACGUUGAAGUAGCGACGAGCAGUAAACCGAUUAACGAAUGUAAAUCAAGAUUCUUGAUAAUCGAGACGUACGUCUCGAGAUAGCUUCAUCUUAAUGUAUUAGUUUGCUAAAUGUAAUCUUCAAUUUACCGGCGGCCAGUUUUUCAUUCUGUGUAACUCUGCGUGUAUAUUUUAAAUUCAUAUGUACUAGGUAGCUCGUAUGUACGAUAGCUCUAAUAGGAUAUGGUAUUUCGAUUAGUAUUAAAAUUUAACCAACUGCGUCUAUGUAUACAUUUAUAGAUCUGCAACGUACUUCGUUAAGACACAACAACGCGGGGGUGCGAGUGUGUAGUUGUAUCAAAAAUUUAUAUAGCAAAGUAUAUCCAACUACUAAUACGAUUCGGCGUAGAAAGCACUGACUAGGAUGGAUAAACAAUGUGCCCCAACACCCAUGACAAAUAUUAAUAAAUCUGAUUAUAUAUCGUAAAAGAUGCAGAAAGCUAUACUUCUAUGUAUAAAAUUGUUAAGGGUAAGUGUUUUUCCUUCUGCGGAUUCUCAUUGCAUCUCGAUAAUGUUAUAAGAAAAUUAUUCAUACUGAUGAAUAUAUAAAUAAUCCUCCCAUUCCUCUUUCUCAAGUUUUGCAAUUAUGCAUCGAUAAUGUCGGGCGCACUUUGAAUUUGUGCAAUGUGGAUUUGUGGAGAUUUGUAUUCGUAACUUAUAUAUAUAUAUAUAUAUAUAUAUAUAUAUAUAUAUAUGUGUGUGUACUGGCGAAAUAACUCUACGUUAGUGCACUAAUUCUGAGAUACUUGUAACGCGCGGCUGUACACAUUCUUAUGCAGAGAGGUAGGCAACUCGCUAUUUUAUGUCACAAUGUUUAUGUGUGUUUCAUAGCAUUACACGUUAACACCGUCUCUCAGUUAUUCUCCUAUGCAUAUACUUGUUUCUUCACUGUAACUGCCGUACUAAAUAGUUUAGGCUCGACUACAGGAGUCGAUAAUAUCCGUUGUAUUAUACGUAAUAGUUAUACGUAACGCCGUCAACAUGCCGUUAUGUUUUCUGUAUCACCGUGUAAACAUUGUACAUAAACGUCCAUUAAUACACUUGUUAUAAAAGCUGA